AUGUUAGCAAAUCCAGUAGCCAAGAAACCAGAAGAUGAAGUCGAAUGUUGUGAAGAUUUUGAAGUGCCAAUAGAAUGUUGGGAUGUACGUCAUCUAGAACAUGACGUCAUUUAUUGGGAUAUUGUCGUUGUCACUACGUUGGACAAUGUUCAGAAAGAUGCUUAUGAUGCUUUAAUACAACAACGUUCAACAAUUAAUCGAAUACCACUUGGUGUCGACUAUCUUGUCAUUACUGAUCCUGGCAAGAUUGGUAAUGGCGGAAGUACAAUGCAUGCAAUGCAUAUACUUGAACAGCAAUAUGGUUGGGAAGUUCUACGAAAAAAACGUAUUCUAUUAAUUCAUGCUGGUGGUUAUUCACAAAGGACACCAACAACAAGUUGUCUUGGAAAAAUUGCAACAAGUUGGCCAACAUAUGAUUUACUUGAUAUUAAAUUAGCUCUUUAUUCAUUAUUUCCUGCUCGUAUGCCUCAUGGAGGUGUAUUUCUAUGUUCGUCAGAUACAAUAGAAUUAUUCGAUGAAUCACAUGCAAAUACAAAUUGGUUAUUAACAGAUGAUUUUGUUGCAUUUGCACAUCCAUCAUCAUUAUCAAUUGGUACACAACAUGGUGUUUUUGUACUUGAUCCAACUGAUAAACGAAAAUGUAUAUGUGUUUUACAAAAACCAACAAUUGAACAAAUGAAAAUUCAUAAAGCUAUAUGGUGUCAUGGUGAAGAAGAAUUUGUUUAUACAGAUAGUUUAUUUUAUUUUAAUAUGAAUGUUGCUCAACGUUUAGCUGAAAUUUAUCGUCAAGAACAUAAUAUAAAAUGUGAAAUUGAUUGUUAUGGUGAUUUUAUGAGUCCAUUAGGUAUUUGUCCAUUACCAAGGCCUAUAGGAAAAGAGAAUGGUGAUAAUCAACAACGUACAAGAAUAAAACAAAAAAUUUAUGAUGCAUUACUUGAUUGUCAUUUACAAGUUAUUAUUUUAUAUAAAUCAUCAUUUAAUCAUACAGGUACAAAUGAUGAAUAUCUUGAUAUUUGUUGUGGAAAUGGACAAACUGGUCAAGAAAUAUUUGAUGAAUUAAAAUUAGAAAAACAUGUGGGUUGUAAAGUAUUUGAUGAAGAUCGACAUGAUACAAUCGAUUUUUGGCAUGGCAAAUAA